UAGCUGCCAGACGUGUUUUUAAUUUCCGGAAAGAGGGGAAGAGAUUUGCAGAGGCGCACGUUAGCAAAUCGCAGGUGAAGCCCCUGCAUUUGAAUUCUUCGUCGCGUUUCUCUCUCUCGCUCGCUUCCAUUCUUUCCUCGUCGGGCGGCGGAGCUCUCGAUCCAAGCUUCUUCCUUCCCGUGCGGGCGUAGAUCCUGGAGUAUAUCGCGGUUCGUCCCCGCGGACGUCCCCUGUAAGCGGCGCCGAUCAAUUGCUCUCGUUUCUCCCUGCCUGGUGACCCAGUUUCGAGCACUGUCGUCGUACGUUAGGGCAUUCCCGACUGCUCCUCCCAUUGUCUUGGAAUCGAGGCCUUGUUCAUCUCGCGCUGCCUUUGGGAAUUUGGGAUUUCAUUUUGGGAAAUACCAACUUUCUAGGGUUUCCGUCAAGAUCUCUGAGUUAUUUCUGUUGUGGUUUGUUCCACUAAGAUCGCUUGGCUUCUGGGAACUAGGAAUUCCUCUCAGGAUUGUUCGGCACUUUGCUUUCAUUUGCAUCGUGGGACGGAAGAGUGCGGCAUUGCAAUACAUUGAAGUUGGAAGACCUUAGCUCGAGCUGACACAAAAGUUCGUGCUGCUACUGAUUUGGUCUGCAGCAGAGUGUGUGUUUGGUUUGGAUCAAUGGACGUGCCAUGUUUCUCUGUCAUUACUCACGGCCAAAUAUUGUGAAUUAUAAUGUGUGUGUUUUUUCUCCAUAAACGAAAGAUCUUGUGAGUUCGUUUAUGGGGCCGUGGAAGGUUCUAUGCAGAUGCAAAAUAUCUUCUUGCCGCUAUGCAGACAAGGCUUGUUCUUUGUGCAUAUGUUGUUUACCGCUGGUAGUGGUAGGUGAAUGGCAGAUCCUUUAAGAAAUGGUCCCAUUGAGAGGGAUGUAGAACAGGCAAUCACAGCCUUGAAGAAAGGAGCAUAUCUAUUGAAGUAUGGUCGAAGAGGGAAGCCAAAAUUCUGUCCUUUUCAUCUUUCUAAUGAUGAAGCAACACUUAUUUGGUAUUCUGGAAGCGAUGAGAAGCAAAUUAGACUUAGCCAAGUUUCAAAAAUUAUACCUGGGCAACGUACUGCAAUAUUUCAGCGGUAUCCACAACCUGAUAAAGAAUACCAGUCAUUUUCACUCAUAUACAAUGACAGAUCACUUGAUUUGAUCUGCAAAGAUAAGGAUGAAGCAGAAGUCUGGUUUGUUGGUUUGAGGGCUUUGAUCUCAAAUGGAAAUUACCGAAAGUUGAGAUUUGAAUCAAAAGGUGAUAGGAGUUCCUCUGAUAGUCCUCAUGCUUAUAUUUGGAAAUUUUCUCCAUUUAUAUCACCCAUCAGUGAUACCAAUAUUUUCCAUAAGGAUUCCAUUGAUGACCAACAAGUUAAUAUUCAAUAUGAGAGCCAGCCAACCAAUGGUUUAGGAAAGGUGUUGUCCAAUGUGAUAUUAUGUACUGCACCAGCUGAGGAUUUGUUUCAUUCAGAUUCUCUAAGUAAACCUACUUACUCAUGCUCAUCAGGGGCUACUGAUGUUUCAUAUGGCCACGGUUCUGCGACUGAUACUGUUCGAGUGAGUUUAUCUAGCGCUGUUAGCUCUUCUAGCCAUGGAAGUUUUGAUGCAUUAGGUGAUGUUUUCAUUUGGGGUGAAGGCAUUGGUGAUGGGUUGCUUGGGGGUGGAUUGCAGAAGAUUGGAAGUUCAUCUACCACUAAUAUGGAUGCACUUUUGCCUAGAGCCUUGGAAUCAAAUGUAGUUCUCAAUGUCCAUAAUAUAGCCUGUGGAAGGGGCCAUGCAGUUUUAAUAACCAGACAAGGAGAGGUUUUUAGUUGGGGAGAGGAAUCUGGAGGAAGGCUUGGGCAUGGAAACAAUGCUGAUGUUUCCCAGCCAAAGCUUAUUGAUGCUUUAGGUGGACUGAAUGUUGAACUUGUGGCUUGCGGAGAAUAUCAUACAUGUGCUGUGACUUUGUCUGGGGAUUUAUACUCGUGGGGUGAUGGUACUCACAGUUCAGGAUUCCUGGGGCAUGGGAGUGAUGCAAGUCACUGGAUUCCCAAAAGAGUGGGUGGUGCAGUGGAAUGUCUGCAUGUGUCAUCAGUGUCCUGUGGGGCAUGGCAUACAGCUAUUGUGACAUCUUCUGGCCAGCUAUUUACAUUUGGUGAUGGAAUGUUUGGCGCUCUAGGUCAUGGAGAUCGUAGUAGCACAAACAUACCAAGAGAAGUUGAAGCUUUGAGAGGAAUGCGAACUGUUUGUACAGCAUGUGGUGUUUGGCACACAGCUGCAAUUGUUGAAAUUUUAGACGCAUCAUCUGAUUCUGGUUGCUCUUCAGUAGGGAAAUUAUUCACUUGGGGAGAUGGUGAUAAAGGCCGACUCGGACAUGGUGAUAGAGAACCUCAAUUUGUUCCAGCAUGUGUACUUUCUCUUUCUGAUAGCUUGUGUAAGGUGGCUUGUGGGAACGACAUAACUAUUGCUUUAACAACUUCUGGAUGUGUUUAUGCAAUGGGAAGUAAUGUCUAUGGGCAACUUGGUAAUCCUGAAUCAGAUGGUAAACUUCCUUGCCGUGUUGGGGGUAAGAUUUCCAAUAGUUUUGUCGAUGAGAUAUCAUGUGGCUCUUAUCAUGUUGCCGUAUUAACUUCGAAAACUGAGGUUUACACCUGGGGAAAGGGAGCAAAUGGUCGUUUAGGCCAUGGCGACAAUAUUGACUGCAGUACUCCAACUCUUGUUGAAGCUUUGAAGGAUAAACAAGUGAAGAGUGUUGUGUGUGGUGUAAGUUUUACUGCUGUCAUAUGUCUUCAUAAGUGGGUAUGCAGUGUGGAUCAGUCCACUUGUGCCGGUUGUCAUCUCCCUUUUGGUUUCAGAAGAAAGCGUCAUAAUUGUUAUAAUUGUGGGCUGGUUUUUUGCAAAGCAUGUAGCAGUAGAAAAUCUACCAGAGCUUCUUUGGCACCAAAUAUUAACAAGCCGUACCGAGUAUGUGAUGAAUGCUAUGCAAAGCAUAAGAAAAUGAUAGGGGAUGGCGUGAUACCAAGAGGACCAAGAUAUCAAAUUGGAAACCUGAUUCCUGAUGAACUGGUUGACAAAGAUUCAAAUGGUUCUAAAGUGCAAGGGCAGUCUAGGUUCUCCUCAGUUGAAUCUUUUAAAGGUGAAAGUGGAGAUUUCAAAGAAUCAACUAAUGUCCGCCGUCCAAUCCUGCAUCAAUUGGGAAAUCUAUACUCAUCAACCUCUUCAAAAUUCCUUCAACCAUCUUCAAGGAAGAUAUUUUCUGCUUCUGUUCCUGGUUCGAGAGUUUCUUCUCGUUCAUCAUCUCCUACAUCAUGCAAGCCUAGUCCGCCCCACUUGGUACAUAAAAUGACUGCAACUGAUCAUAAAUGCUUGGAGAUAUUUGCUGACCCGAAGCCAAUGACUGAGGAUCUAGAACGAGAAGUAGCUAAGUUGCAGGCACAGGUAGAUGAGCUAAUGUCUAAAUCACAAAUUCUAGAAGUAGAACUGCAGAAAGCAACAAAAGAGUUGAUAGAUGCAAAGGUAAUAGCAAAUGAAGAAACUGCAAAAUGCAAAGCUGCAAAGGAAGUUAUCAAGUCUCUUACCUCACAGCUGAAAGCCAUUGCUGAGAGAGCAUCGGAGGGAUUUCUGGUAUCCAAUGAUGAAUAUGCCUGUCCAGAUUCAUCUAAACUUUCUUCCCGUGACAACAUGUCAACUAACUUGCUUGCUGCCCAUGUGUUCGAGUCAAAUGGUUGCACUAGUAAUCCAGUGUUGUACAAUGGUAAUGACAAAAUGCCUGAGGCUGCAGAAUGGGUUGAACAAGCUGAACCAGGCAUUUACUUAACCAUAACUUCUCUGGAUGGAGGCCGUAAAUCACUCAAGCGUGUGCGCUUUAGCCGGACAAAAUUCAGUGAACAACAAGCAGAGAAGUGGUGGGCAGAAAAUCAGUCUAGGCUUCAGGAGACGUACACUAUUCUUGCAGGUGAAAAUUAUGCCUCCGCUUCAGCAUCUAGAGAAAGAACAGGUUGACUGACAUAGAACCGAUAUCCAUGGAUUCUCCCUCACCCUUUCCCCCCGGUAAAUGUAAAUAACCCUACAGCCGGUGGGUGUUGCACAUAACUCGUUGGUGGUUGCUUCAGAAUACUACAGCCUGAACAAGAACAAUCACAUGCUAAUCAUCUCUACGGCCUCGAAUAAGCUUGUGCAGUUGGUUUUUCUAUUUUGCUUCUCUUUUGUUUACUCCAUCGACAAAAUAACAUGCCAACUUUUUCCUCUUUCUCUGAGUCUGGCAUGCGUGUUUAUCUUCCAUCCACUCGCUCGAAGACAACAACAUUUUUUUUUUCUAAUUUAAGGUUUUAUCUUUUUCUCA